GAUUGUUUACUUUUAGUAUUUGCAAAUAAGCAAGAUUUACCAGGCGCAAUGUCACCGGCUGAGGUCACUGAAAAACUACAUUUGCAUCGUAUGCGUGAUCGAGCUUGGUAUGUUCAUCCGUCUUGUGCGACCACUGGUGAUGGAUUAUUUGAUGGAUUGAACUGGCUAAGCCAAAAUACCAAGUCAAAAUAA